AUGAGUUAUAAAGAUGAUAGAGAGGGCUCUGAAGGGCGCGAUCAUGAACGUGAUCGAGACCGGGACUAUGACCGAGACCAUGACCGAGACCAUGAUCGAGACCAUGAUCGGGACUAUGAUCGCGACUAUGACCGGGAUCGGGAUCGAAAUCGUGAACGGGACCAUGACCGAGACCAUGAUCGCGACCAUGACCGGGAUCGUGACCGCGACAGGGACAACGACAGGGAUCACAAGAACGAUGGAACAACCCUGUAUGUGUCAAACAUAAGCUCAAAAAUAACGACGUCUAAACUGCAAGAUAUAUUUGAAGAGUACGGAACGAUAGAAAAGUGUUAUGUCAUCAGCAACCCGAUCACCAGAGAAUCACGCAACUUUGGAUUUGUCACAUUCAGCAAUCCCGAUGACGCAAAUAACGCCAUGAUCAAAGCCAACAAAAUGGAUAUUGAAGGACGUAUUAUUAACGUAGAAAUAGCCAAGCGAAACGAGCCACACGAUCCAACCCCGGGAGAAUAUAAAGGAAUUCAAAAUAUGAUGAAAAGAAACGGAAUGAGGUACGAUUUUUAUGGAAGAAGAUACGACAGACCAUUUGACAGAAGAAGAUAUGACACAGGAAGGCCCUACCCAUACUACCGAGAGCACGGUCAUAAUUUCGGCUACCAUCGCAACAACUCAUACAGACAUUACGACAGAUAUGGAAGAAAUGCAUAUGAUGAUCAUCGACAUUACGAUCGAAGAUCCAUAGACGAUAAGUACCACAAGAGGAAUGAUUAUUACAAAAGAGACAACAGGAACAGUGGCGACGAAAGGGAUUACUCUAGGGAUGACAGUAGAAGAAAGAAACGAUAUGAACGAAGCAGAAGAUCGCCCAGUAUUUCGAACGAGAGGAGACACUACAGGAAUAAUUCUCCCAUCGAAAGAAGCCCACACCAUAGAAGGUAG